UAGUAUUUUAAACUUUUCUUAUCAUUUUACUGCGCAGUAUAUUUUAUUUAUAAAAACUCUUGCGUAACGGAUAGUGCCUGUGUUAUUGUUAUUCGGCGGUAAUGGCUAAUAUAACAGAGUCUUUAAAAAGCCUUCAGUUGACCAAGGAAGAAGUUGAAAAGUUUGGAGAUGCCCUGAAAAAUAAGGAAUUUAGGAAAAUGCUUAUAGAUUAUGUGGAAGAAGUGCAGAGCCCCGAAAAUCAGAGAAUUUACGAACAAGAAAUCAUCGAAUUGGAGAAACAACGAGGUGUUGACGUUACAUUUUUAAAACCUAAUGCCGGUUAUGUGUUGAAAACAAGUGCUGAUGGCGAGAAAAAAGUAUUCGUUAAUAUAUGCUCCAAUGAUUUAAUUAAAAAGCCAACUUCAAAUCCUUCAGUUGAAGAUGGUUCUAGAGGAUAUCAGUGGCAGGUACCCCAUUCCUUAACACCCCCACGAGACGACGUCGACAAACAGGGAAAACUAUGUAAAGUUUAUGAUUUUGUCUGUCAUCCCAGUACAUUAGAAUUAGCCCAGAAAACCAAAACAUUUAAAGAUAUGCUAAAUAAUAUGGCUUGUGAGACAAUCGAGUCAAAUUUUAAUGUUAAGUUAGAUAGAAAGAAUUUAAAAUUUCCUAAAAUGCAGUACAAAGGCAGGCCCUAUUCUGCUGUUAUGAGGAAACCUUCUAAUUCAUCAUCCGUUAAUCCAGAAGACAGGGAAUUUAUGGAUAAAUUGUUUUCUGACGGGGGUUGUCCAUAUAAACCCCCUUCAGCAGAAACAAAACCGAAAACCAUUAAUAUUCCUAAUAAUAAUUUACAAAAUCAGUCCAAGUAUACAAUCCCAAAAUAUAAUAUUAAGCACCGUAGCCACAUAGAAUUAGAACAAUUUAUAGAACACAAGACAGCAAAAAUGAACUCUGCAAUACCCAAAGAACUUGUGGUAGAAAUUAUUCUUCCACUGUUGAAAUCAGCUUCUGAUGUUGUUCUAGAUGUUAACGAAAAAAGUCUUCAAUUAAUAAGUGAAAAACCAGCAAAGUACAAAUUAGAUUUAAAUUUACCUUAUGAAGUUGUAGAAAGUUUGGGAAAUGCAAAGUUUGAGAAAGACAAAAAGAAACUAAUAGUCACAUUACCAGUGAAAAGGAAUUCGGGGGUAACGUUUACGGAAAUUUGUCGUGAAGACAGUGGGAUAGAAAGCGAUCAUGCCUCCUUUGUGUCAUCGAGUCCAGCAGAAGAAAAUGAACGAUUAGUUACAGAAAUGAACGAUGGUACUCAAAUAAGUGAUAGUGAACAGACUAAUAAUGAUUUAAAUAAAGAAGAGAUGUCUUUGGAAAAUGUCUUUUUAGAUCCCAGUAUUUCAUACCUCCUGCCAGACUUCACUGUUCAUCUUUUUGAUGACACGUUCGCUUUUACAUUAAAUGUUAAGAACGUUACCGAUUCGUCACUCAUUAAGACUUUCCAGAACGACCUGAAAGCAGUUCAUUUAAAAUUCACGUCAGUAAGCUCAGGAUUUUUUCCUUUACACUAUGCAUUUUAUUUCAGACCGAUAGAUGCUGUAAUUGACUUUGAAACUAUUGUCACUGAAGUCUGGGAUAACAAUGUUGAAGUACAAAUUCCAGUUAAACAUUGUGAUAAAUUUAUUGAGUCCUUCCUUGUGGGAACUGACAGCAACAACCUCACUGAACAUUAUCUAGAUAACAAUGUAUGUUCUACAAGUAAAUUUGCUGGUCAGGAGAAAAAGGACAGUGAUGACUAUGAUGCACCAACAAAUCCAAAACCAUCCUUGCUGGUGAGUACUGACCAGUCAGAAGAUGAGAGUUCUGGCGAAUUAAGAAAGGAGAGGAAAAAGAGUAAAUCCAAAGGAAAGCAGUCUAAUUGGAAAAAUCAGAGGAAACAGAGGAUGACGGACGGUGAUGUUAGUGACAACAUGCCGAGCAAGGCUAUUGAUAUUGCAGGAUUUUGUGAGUCCAGUGGAGACGAACUUAGUUAUAGUUACAGCCCUUAUAACAAAGGAAUCCUGAAGAACCUCGUUCGACGCUCUUUCAGCAGGAGCAUGUCCGAGUCCAGCAUCGACGAAGUGAUGUUGACUUCCUCAGUCGAAAAUUGUCACAGCAUAGAUUCGGCCAUCCCGGAAGAACAUCAGCAGGUGUCUACCAGUCUUAAGAAGACUGUCAGGUUCAAUGAUGUAGUAUCAAAACAAGUAUUUAGAUCAAAUUCGAGUAUAUUGGGGCAAAGAAGAAAGAACCAGCGCAAGGCAAAGGCGAAAAAACGAGCUCACGAAAAGAAACAUAGCGAAAGUGAAUUAUCAGAAAACGAGGAGAAGAAAGAUCAAAUUGGUUCUAACGAAAACGAGAGUUCAUCAGAAGGCACAGGUCUAAGUGAAAACGAAAGUAAUUCCAGUGAUAAAAGAGAUAAGAAUGGAGAAGAUAGUAAUGCGUUUAGUAAUGAUAUAUUUUUAAUGGAUAUUGAUUUUUAGUAUGAUCAGCACUGUCCGUAAAGACUUUUUAUUAGUACUGAUUGCAUGAUGUCAGUAUUAGAAAUUGUACUGUUGUAUUAGUAAUUUUUAUAGGGUUUACAAAUAAAUAA